CCACAAGUCUCAAGAUGAAGCCUAGAAGGGCCCCGAAGGCCUUAUCCUCCGCACCCAGAGUAUUCACCCACCCGUCACAGUUCUUCCUCUCUCCCAGUGGCUUGCUCCGAAGUCCAAAUGCUAGUGCACGACUUCUCCCUACCUAAAACCCUAAACCCUUCUGUUCAUUCCUUCCAAUGGAAAACCUUGAAACGCCUCCCUGACCAUCACUCCAAAACCUUUUUUCUUACCCAGAUUCCUUCAAGAGCAAGCCCAAGAAAUCUCGCCAUUCAAGCAAUCUCCCACAAGAAUGGUACUCACAGUCGAGAUGUCAAAGCUUUCGCCGGUCGGAGCAAGAAGAAACCUGGAGGUCCCUCCACUGGGCGAAUCGAAGGCGGCGCAGAGCUCCGGCGAGAAGCCAAGAAGAACGCUCGUAAGAAAAGCAAGAGAAUUGCUGAGAACCUCUUCUACCGUCUAAAAAACCCUAGUCGUAACCAAGCUGAUAGUUUCUCAGAGGAUGAGCUUCAAAUGAUCGGUCUUGGUUAUGACCGCAUGGUUAGAUUCAUGGAGAAGGAUGAUCCUAAUCUGCGGCAUCCUUACGAUUGGUACAAGUACGGCCAGUACGGUCCUUACUCGUGGCGUGGGGUUGUUGUCGGUGAUCCUAUCCGUGGUCGGUUCUCUGAUGAGUGUGUUUCCCUGAUUGGUGAAGUUAGGGAUCAGGAGGAAUGGGAGAAGAUCGAACAGUUUGAUAUGGCGAACGAUUUUUCUCGGAGAUUGAAAGCCUUGGAUAGAUCAAUUGGGUUCAGGUAUUUCUGGGUUUUUGUUCGGCAUCCCAGUUGGAGAAUCACAGAACAGCCAUGGCAGCAGUGGACUCUUAUAGCUGAGGUUGUUCUGGAAGCCGGAAAGCAGAGAUUAGACAAGUGGAACUUGAUGAGCCGACUCGGAAACAAAACUAGAUCUCUGAUCACACAGUGCGCAGCGUGGAUGCGACCAGAUAUCAUCUACGUUAAGAGGCCAGUGUAUCAGUGUAGAUUCGAACCGCAAGAUGAUUUCUUCAGGUGUUUGGGACCUCUGCUCGAUCCGAGCACCGAACAGAACUUCCUCUUCGAAUUGAAAAAUGAAUACGGUAUGGUUGAGCUGUGCACUUACUUUGGUGGGCUCUGUAAGAUUGUUAAGGUGAACCCAAAGGCCUUCGUGGACGAUGUGGUAAAGGCUUAUGAGAAGCUGAGCGAUGAGGGGAAAUCGAAAUGCUUGGAAUUUUUGUUGUCGAACCAUCCUGUCCACCUCUUGCAUCCUUACACCAUGGAAUGGAAAGCGAAAUUGGAGGAGAUGGAAUUGGGUUGUGAUGCCCCAGAUGAAGAUGAAGUCGCUGUAGCUGAAACAGAGGUCACUGAGUGGAUUGAAGCUGAUGAUGAUGAAGAAGGAGAAGAAGAAGAGGAGGAUGAUGAAGACGAGGAGCGAGAUGAAGAUAUAGUUAUGGAUAUGGAAGAAGGGAACGACGACGAUGAUGAUGAAGAAGAAUUGGGGAUUAAAGAAGAAAGUGCAGAAGAGAAUGAGAAGUACUGGGAUGAAGAGUUCAAGAAGGCAGUAAGAAGCCCAGAAGCAAUGGAAAAUCUGGUUAAGCGAAGCGUAGAAGUGUCGACGGAGUUCUAUAAGAAACAACUGAAAGCUAUGGAGGAGGAAAGGAAGCAGGAAGAGGAGAGGAGGAAUGGGAAAGAGGGAAUUGGGAAAGAGAUGAAGAGAUUGGGUAGAGUGAAGGUGAGUGAAGAAGAAUGGAAGUAUUUGGGUUAUGGUCCAUGGAGAAAGAGGGUUAAGAAGAGUAAGAUCCCACCUGAGCAGUUCUUGCGAGCAGCAGUUCGUCCCUUCACAUACCGAAAUCUGGUAAAGGAGAUAGUUUUGACCAGACAUGGGAUUCUGGACGGAGAGAUUGAUCCGAACGGCUGAUGAAGCUUGGGCCAUGGCGUUUCAAGUCUUUCAAUUACUGGCAUUGCAGUGAAGAUAAUGUUUCAUAAACUCAUAUUUAACCAUGAAAGGCUUUCACUUCCGAUCUAAAA